AUGGAGACCUCCGUUGAACAGGCUCGCUGGGUUUCCUCCUUCAUGGUAUCAUCAGAGGUAAUGCCCUCUUACCCAACUGACUCCAGCUAUAUGGUCCACAAUGAAGAGGGUUCGAUGUUCCCCUGCAUUGAUGCCGAUUACAGCAGCCUGCCAUCUUUGUUCAACAGCCCGGUCCAUGGCUGUUCAUCUGGAGCUUUUCAAAACAGCCCAGGUACAGGACACAGCACACUAUUAUGGCAGUAUCACAUGUGGAUCCCCUCCUUCGCCCUGAAUUUCUUCUCCUCCUGCUGGAGCAGGGAGGCCGAUCUCUUCAUCUGCCCCAUGGAUGAUCUCGCUGGAUCCACUCCUGACCCAGAGCCCAGCCCACCUUCUUCACGAUGUGCAGAGAAAAUGCCCGAGUCCACCACUGACAGAGAGCCAGAGCCUGCCGCAACCGAUGAGCCAACACUAGUGAAAGUGACAGAGCUGAGGAUCGAUGCGAAGUCAGAGGUCAUGACAUCAGUCCAGGUGUGUGAGCCGGCAACACUGCCUGCCAAGAGGGAGAGGGCCACGGACCGUAUGAGUGCAGAGAGGGGCUCCCCUACCUGCACAGCUGCUGAGGUGUCUUCCAGUGCCUGCUCCUAUAAAGUGUCCUACAGUGCCUGCUGCUUGCCCUUCCACCCGCUCCAGCCUUCUCUACCGCUGUCAUCUGGGAACCCCUCUGCUCGACCCCAGCCCAUCAUCAUUGCGGUGCGAGCCCUGCGGGACUACCAUCCUCCAAUGUCGCUGUGGUCAGAGUCUCCCUCACCUCUGCCUCCAGCCUCUGAGGGUGGGACUCCGCCGUGGCCCAUUGACCCAUCAGCUCCACCAUGGCUCUGCGGCCCCACCCCUUCCAUGGCUUCUCCAUCCGUUGGCUCUACCGUGUCCAUCCCCCUCUGUUGUUCAACAGUGCAAGGUUGCACCUUCCGGGAGGGGGGGCAAUUAUAUCCCGUUUACUCCUCUCCAUUCCUCGGAAACCUGUCCUGGCUGGAAAGUUCUAAAAGCCUCCAACCUCUAACCAACCUCUUCCCAUCAUCCUGGCACAGCAGUGCUUUUUCUAAGACGUCCACGUCAUCCUUCCACAGUUCCACGGCCCUCUCCUCUGCCAGACCGCCUUGUUCUACCCUCCACUUCCCUAUCCAGCAUCAAAAGGUGACCAUUGGUGUGCAGGAGAGCAUGAAAGGAGAUAGGCUGAGUCCUUCUGGAGAUGGGGAGGCGUUUUUUGGAGGUGUGUUUCCCCCUACAGUGAGUGACGUGCAUGUGCAGGCAGACCCUUUAAAAACCAGAGAGCCGCAUGAGUGUGUGAACUGUGGGGCCACUGCAAGCCCUCUGUGGCGGCGUGAUGGAACGGGACACUACCUCUGCAACGCCUGCGGACUGUACCACAAGAUGAACGGAGAGAACAGACCCCUCAUCCGACCCAAAAAGAGACUGGUCACCAGUAAGCGAACAGGAACUCAGUGUGCGAACUGUCAGACCAGCACCACCACGCUGUGGAGACGCAACGCCAGCAGAGAGCCUGUGUGUAACGCUUGCGGACUCUAUUUCAAGCUUCACAAUGUGAACAGACCGCUGACUAUGAAGAAGGAAGGCAUUCAGACACGGAACCGUAAAGUGUCCAUCAAGAACAGGAAAGGGAAAAGUUUUAGCGUCACAGAGGAGAAUCUGUAUUUUUCAAAGAAUCCUGUGUCAGAUCAGCAUUUCGACUUGUAUGCUCAGAGUCCAGGAGCUCUGGGCGCCUACAGCCACUCUUCCCAAUCACUGCCGCCCACCGCUGCCUUCCACAGCCACGCCAGCCUGCCUUACCCAUACCACCCACCGGCUGCCAUCUUACCCAGCAUGAUGUGACGGAAACUGGACAGAAGACUGAGUUCAUGGAAAGCUGGAAUAAGUUGUACAAAAACACUCACUACUGCCCAGCCGUGUGCUCACAUACUCAGUAUAAACAUACUUACAAGCUUAACUAACGCAGAUGCAUGAAAAUCUUGGCACACAUAAUAGCUGACAUGCAAUGCAUUGCAAACAAAACAUCAAAUCAUGUGCAUUUAUUUUAAAGAAAGAACAAACAAACUUUUCAAGUUUGUUUGAUUUGAAAAGUUCGAAAGAUGACAAAUAUUACAACCCUUUUUUUUGAGGCAUUAGUGUAGCAUGUCCAUAGUUUGAGGUCAGUAAGAUUUGUAUUUUUAAAGAAAUUAAAACUUCUGUUCAGCGAGGAUGCACUGAAUUGAUCAAAAGCAACAGUAAAGACAUUUAAAAUGUUCUAAUGUUAAUCUUUUUAAAUAUUUAUCAAAGAAUCCUGAAAAAAUUAAUGUCUGUAAAACUGUUUCAGCAUUGAUAUUAAUCAGAAAUGUUUCUUGAGCAUCAAAUCAGCGGAUUAGAAUGAUUUCUGAAGGAUCGUGACACUGAAGACUGGAGUCUUCAGCUUUGCAUUAUGGAAAGAAAUUGCAGUAUAUUCAAAUGGAAAACUGGGUCACAUUAUUACCGUUUUACUGUUUUUCUGAUCAAAUAAAUGCAGCCUUGAUGAGCAUGAGAGACUUCUUUCAAAAACCAACCCCAAACUUCUGAAUGGUAGUGUAUAUAAAGACUGCCUUUACUUUUGUGUGAGUUUGUAAUACCUUUUCUUUAACGUUCUUUAACACUUUUCUUUGUGGGAUUUGUAAGCUGUCUUUAAAGUGUUAUCUAGAAAAUGAAAUCA